AUGGCCAAUGUUCCAGUACUGAUAUGCUUAAUAUUAGCAGAAAAGGCUACAUGUAAUAUGAGUGUAUCUAAGGUGGAAAAAUUUGGCAAGGCACUGAAUUAUGCUGAAGCUGCAUUAUCAUUUAUUGAGUGUGGAAAUGCCAUGGAAGAAGGACCCAUGGAAUCAAAGUCCCCGUACACAAUGUAUGCAGAAACUGUGGAGCUCAUCAGAUAUGCUAUGAGACUAAAAACCCACUCAGGUUCCAGUAUGACAUCAGAAGAAAAACAAUUAACAGCAUUAUGUUACCGCUGUUUGGCACUUUUGUACUGGAGAAUGUUUCGACUCAAAAGAGACCAUGCUGUAAAAUAUUCAAAAGCUCUCAUUGAGUAUUUCAAGAAUUCAUCUAAAGUUGUUCAGGCACCAUCUACCUGGAAUAUUAAUGCGAAGUGUACAGGAACUCCUCCCAUAUCACCCAGUCUGUCUCCACUGAGCUCAGUUGGGAGCACCGGAGCUCCUUCCCCUUCCUCCAUCAUCAGCAUUCCUCAGCGAAUACACCAGAUGGCAGCCAACCAUGUUAGUAUCACUAACAGCAUCUUACACAGUUAUGACUACUGGGAGAUGGCUGACAAUCUUGCCAAGGAAAACCAAGAUUUCUUUAAUGAUUUGGAUACACUGAUGGGAGCUAUCACAUUGCACAGCUCUAUGGAGCAUCUGGUUCAGUAUACACAGCAAGGCCUGGACUGGAUAAGGUGUAGUGCUCAGUUAUCCCCAUGA